AUGAAAGGAGCCUAUACGGAGCUUAGCGGUAAUCGAGCCAUUGAUAAGCUCGUGGCGAAGGCAGUCCUUCUUGUGCUCUUCCCAAGUCUGGACGAGGAUACCACCAACUACGAUGCGUUCAAGGAGUGGGUCGGCGAGGUGCCAAGAGCAGCUAAGGGUGCAGCUGGCAAGCGCAGGCGGGGUGGCGGUGAUGACGACGACCUGGGUGCGAGGUCGGGGCGCAAGGUUGGAAAUAAACGGCAGAAGGGGAACAAGGGCGCAGGCUGGGGCAGGGGUGCAAGCAAGGGGACCACCAGAGUACAAGCUUCUAUCCCCAAUGAUGGCAAAUAG